AUGAUGAUUUUGUCAUCGUUCAUCCACUAUCAACCGUUGAAGUAUCAAGACUAUGCUUUCUCACCCUUAGCAAACACACUCGGAAUUUUCUUCGCCUUAUCGGCCGCUUCGGCAAUUCCAAUCGUUGGCAUAUUCAAAUGUUUCCAUUCCAAAGGCAACACCAUAGGCGAGAAGCUACGACGAGUUGUUAUGCCGUAUCGCCGCCGAUCUUCCCAACACGAAUACGUUCCCAUCGGACGACGUCAUUCAUCUGAUGUUAUGCUUUAG